AGGCAACUCUUCUUUGAAUUUUACUACGGCAUGCCCUACUCCCUAUAUAGUUAAAUGCCCAGAAUUACUUGCUACCAGGAAAUGAGUCUCUGUAAUUAGUUACGUGCUUUCAUGACGUCGUUUCGAUGAUCUCAUCCUUGGAGCAACACAAACAUACAUAGGACCUGUGCCACGAACUAAAAAAUUCCCAUCCUUCCCUCAUUCUACGGGAAAUCCAAAUUUAGCAAUGUCUUCCUCACCCAAUCCUGCUCGACAGCAACAACGACAGCGUCAGAGUUCAGUCCACUCCCGUUCUCGGUCCCGUAGCACUAGUUCUGGCCCACGACUCGGACAACGUGGAGAGCGAAAACGACCCAAUAGAGGAAAUGGGCUGCCGGGAAUAGAUGAAGCUGACAAAGGCGCUAUCCAGCGUCCAGGAGGAAAUGAUGGGCAGCCUAGACAGCAGCCUCCUCAACAACAACCUCAGCCACCACCCAAGAAAACUGGCGAAGAUGAGGACGGAGGGGGCUCAGGCGAUAAGCCUUUGAGAUUGCGGCUAGAUUUGAACUUGGAUGUAGCGGUUGAAAUAAAAGCGCGCGUGCAUGGUGAUCUGACAUUGUCGCUUUUACGAUGAGUCACUACAACUCUAGGACUCAUUAUAUGUUACAUGAACUUUGAUCACGAAUGUAUCUUCAUCUCUACCAUCGUUGUAUCUUGUAAGUAUAUCAUAUAGGUUUGAUCUAGGGCUUAGGUUGUAUGUAUUUUUUUUGAUUUAUGUGGACGUCGUCUACCUUACAGC